CCGCCUUAACGCCAACUUCUGCAACCCAGCCAACCUUCUUGUCUCCACCAAACUCCCAAACAACCCAUAUUUUCUAACCAAACCACCAAAUCUCCCUUAAACCCUUGGACCCCAUAGUCUCAUGGACCUCUUCCAUAUCCCGCCACUGCCGCUCCGGCCAAAUAUCCCAAGCAGCCGCAGAGUUUAAGCGCAUGAGACUUUCCGAGGUCGAGCCCAAUCACAUCACUUUCGUUACCCUUCUUUCCGGUUGUGCUGACUUUCCGUUGAAGAGUGGAGUUUUGGGUGUUUUGAUUCAUGGGUAUGUUUGCAAAUUGGGGUUGGAUAAAGAAAAUGUAAUGGUGGGCACCGCGCUUGUGGAAAUGUACGCAAAAUGCGGACAUGUGGAAGUGGCUAAGUUGGUUUUUGAUGUGAUGAAGGUGAAAAAUUCCGUGUCAUGGAAUACAAUGGUGGAUGGGUAUAUGAGGAAUGGCGAGUAUGAGAAGGCGGUUGAGAUAUUUGAUGAAAUGCCUCAAAGAGAUGUGAUUUCUUGGACUGCCAUGAUUAAUGGGUUUGCUAGGAGGGGUUUUCAUGAAGAAGCGUUGGAUUGGUUUAGAGAGAUGAUGAUUUUUGGGGUAAAACCUGAUUAUGUGGCCAUCAUAGCUGUUGUCACAGCUUGUGCUAAUUUGGGAGCCCUUGGUGUUGGCUUAUGGAUCCAUCGGUUUGUUUUGAAGCAAAGUUUUAGGGACCAUGUUAGAGUAAAUAAUUCAUUGAUUGAUAUGUAUUCACGAUGCGGAUGUAUAGAACUUGCCCGUGAAGUUUUUGACAAGAUGCAAAAGCGAACAUUGGUGUCGUGGAAUUCAAUCAUCGUGGGGUUUGCUGUUAAUGGGUUUGCGGAGGAAGCUCUGAAAUAUUUUGAUUCAAUGCAGAAAGAAGGGUUUCAGCCCGAUGGGGUCAGUUUUACUUUGGCACUUACUGCAUGUAGCCAUGCAGGUUUAGUUGAUGAAGGACUCCGCUACUUUGAUAUCAUGAAAAGAGUUUAUAGGAUAUCCCCUAGAAUUGAGCAUUUCGGUUGCAUAGUUGAUCUUUAUAGCCGUGCUGGGAAGCUGGAAGAAGCAUUGGAUGUAAUGGAAAAUAUGCCCAUGAAGCCGAAUGAAGUUGUAUUGGGGUCCUUGCUAGCUGCAUGUAGAAAUCAUGGUGAUAUUAGCUUAGCCGAGAGGAUAGUGAAAAACCUUGUGGCAUUGGACCCUGGUAGCGAUUCCAAUUAUGUGCUUCUUGCAAACAUAUAUGCCGCAGUUGGAAGAUGGGAGGGAGCAAGCAAAGUUAGAAGAAGAAUGAAAGCACUUGGGAUACAAAAGAAACCAGGUUUUAGUUCAAUUGAGAUUGGUGGUUGUGUUCAUGAAUUUGUUGCCGGUGACAACUCACAUAUAGAA